UUGACAGUCGGUGUUUGAACACGUUUUCUCCACUCUCUAUCAAUUACCAAAUCUCAAUCUUUCCCACUUCCCAUCUUCUUCUUCUUCAUUCAAAUCAGUCCUUCCUUUUGUAGGGUUUUGCAUUUUCACUCUGAUCUCUCUGCAAUUUAAAACCAUAAAAAAAGAAAAAAGAGAGAUACGGGAUGCCAAUGCCAGUGCCAUUGAUGAUCUAGUCUAGAGAUAUGCAUUUAGAGUGAUGUAGUUAUAGAGUAAAAGAGAGGGAAACGAAAACUUAGAUCUCUCUCUAUGGCCUGUUUUUCAUUUUGGAGAGAAUAGUCCUUAUGGGUCAAGAUAAUUUCACUCCCCAAAAGAGAUCUGCCACUGGCGGAGGCGGAGGCGGCUUACCCACAACCAACAACGUCGCUGUCGGUGGACGAAGAACCCUUGGAUUUCCAGGAAUGCCGCGUGGCAGGCAGAUCCACAAGACCUUCAACAAUAUUAAAAUCACAAUCCUUUGCGGCUUCGUUACCAUCCUCGUACUACGUGGCACUAUCGGCGUCGGCAAUUUGGGAAGCUCCGAAGCCGAAGCUGUCAACCAAAAUCUGAUCGAAGAAACUAACCGGAUCCUAGCUGAGAUCCGCUCCGACUCCGACCCUACCGAUUCGGACGAACCUCCUGAAACUGAGAUCAAUCCUAAUAUUACCUUCACCCUCGGACCCAAAAUUUCGGACUGGGAUCAGCAGCGAAAGGUCUGGCUUUCCCAAAAGCCUGAAUUCCCUACUUUUGUAAAUGGAAAAGCUCGAAUCUUACUCGUUACUGGGUCGCCCCCAAACCCGUGUGAUAAUGCUAUAGGAGACCAUUAUUUGUUGAAAGCGAUAAAGAAUAAGAUUGAUUAUUGUAGGCUUCAUGGGAUUGAAAUUGUUUAUAAUAUGGCUCAUUUAGAUAGGGAACUGGCCGGGUAUUGGGCUAAAUUGCCUUUGAUUAGGAGGUUAAUGUUGUCUCAUCCGGAAGUUGAGUGGAUUUGGUGGAUGGAUAGUGAUGCUUUCUUUACGGAUAUGGUGUUUGAGAUUCCGUUGUCCAAGUAUGAUAAGUAUAAUUUGGUUGUUCAUGGGUACCCUGAUUUGAUGUUCGAGCAGAAGUCAUGGAUUGCUUUGAAUACGGGUAGUUUUCUGUUUAGGAAUUGUCAGUGGUCUUUGGAUUUGCUUGAUGCAUGGGCGCCAAUGGGACCUAAGGGUCCUAUUCGUGAGGAGGCCGGGAAGCUUUUGACUGCUAAUUUGAAAGGAAGGCCGGCAUUUGAAGCAGAUGAUCAGUCGGCUUUGAUUUACUUGUUGCUUUCGCAAAAGGAUCAGUGGAUGGAUAAGGUGUUUCUUGAGAAUCAGUAUUAUUUGCAUGGGUAUUGGGCAGGGCUGGUUGAUAGGUAUGAGGAGAUGAUGGAGAAAUAUCAUCCAGGCUUGGGAGAUGAGAGGUGGCCGUUUGUGACUCAUUUUGUUGGUUGCAAGCCCUGUGGGAGUUAUGGAGAUUACCCUGUUGAGAGGUGCUUGAGCAGCAUGCAAAGGGCUUUCAAUUUUGCUGAUAACCAGGUGCUUAAGCUAUAUGGGUUUAAACAUAGAGAACUGUUAGGCCCCAACAUUAAGAGGAUCAGGAAUGAGACAGUGACUCCUUUGGAGAUUGUUGAUCAGCUUGAUAUUCGUCAUUCGGCACAUCGAAAAAGUGAAUCACAGAGCUAGUGAGCAUAUUGAACGUGUCAUAAUGUGUAGGUAAAGUAAUUCCUCAGUUGAAAGGCAAUUUUCAAUUUGAUAGCAGUUUGAGUUAGUUUCGAUGAUCUGUUGUCAUUGUGCUGUUGUUGAGAACAGGAGAGUAUAAUUCUUUUAUUAACUUCAAUUUGUCUUCCUUCGAUAUUUGAGUGAUUUAUGAAUUUAUAUAUAUAUAUAUAUAUAAUUUAUAUAUAUUUAUAAAUUUGGGGAAAAAUAUUAGCAAUAACAUAUACUCUAAUAGACAAAAACUAUAUGUUAAUCACUACUAGAGAUUUCAAUUUUCAACUAACUAAAAUGUGCAAUGCAUCACUCUUGGUCUUGGGACACCACUGGGAUCGCCAUCAAUUUGGUGGGUCUUGGACUUGAUCUUGAACUCUGAAUCAGAUGCUAUCAAUCGGUCAACUUUGAAGCUAGUGCUUUAUGAUGUGCUACCAAUGCUUGAUUCAUUUGAGCAAUCUAGUUUAACAACCCUACAAU